AUGGCUCAAAUAAGCUCUCUGUGUGUAGAAAUUGAGACACUGAGCCAAGUCCUAGGCUUGGUGGAAGCAUUCAAAGCCUUUGAUGUAGACAAUGAUGGAAAAAUCAAUGUUGCUGAGCCUGGAGGGAUUUUGGGGUCACUUGGAUACAAGACAAGUGAGCAAGAUGUGAGGGCAAUGAGGCAACAAGGAGCACAAACAAAGAUGGGUUUCUGA